AUUCUCUCCCUUCUCAUCCGUCGCACCAUUUCAACGCCGCUUUCCUUGGAAAUAGAUGGACGGUCCUCACACCGUCCUUAGCAUCGCCGCACCCUCGUUAGGCAUAGGGUUAGGUCGGUAGGGCAGCGGCGAACCACCCUAACAUGAACCACCAGAUCCCCCCCUCGGAGCUGGCGGAGCUGGCGGUGGACGCGGACUACCUGCGCAAGGUGGGCGCCUUCAUCCGCCAGCGCCGCCUCGACCUGCUCGGCCCCGCCAACAUCGCGCCCGUCUCCGCCGUGCAGGUCGCUCCGCCGCGCCACCCACCAACCGCUGCUGUACCGCCCUCCCUUGCUGGGCCCGCCGAAUCCGCUGCAUAUGCCGCAUCCGCCGCUCGUGUCGGCGCCUCCCAUGCUUCUUCCGCUCAAGUCGCCGUCCCCCAUGCAUCCGCCACUCAAGUCGCCGUCCCCCAUGCAUCCGCCACUCAAGUCGCCGUCCCCCAUGCAUCCGCCGCUGUUGCCACCGGGGUGUCCCUGACCGCCAGUGCGGCCGGCCUACCCGCCGCCGAGUCAACCGCGCCUCCGCGUCUCGCGCGCCCCCCGUCGCGCGCAGAUGCCAUCGGGAUUGCCGCGGCUGACGGCGCUUCCUCCGCCGUUGGAUCGUCGACGGGGCCGGCGAUCAACGGUGCGCCGGCGGUUGCGCUUGACGCAGGCAAUCGGAGGGCCAACGGCAGCGACGGCGGGGACACGACGUCUGAGAGGGGCGUCACUGCUGCUGCAGCGCCUAGAGUCAUACCGCCUACAGUCAUACCGCCUACAGUCAUACCGCCUACAGGUACACCGCCUUCAGUGAUUGUGCCUUCAGCGGCUGCUUCUCCUGCUCCUGCACCCGCCAACGCUCCCCAGCCUGCCAUCGCUGUUGCUCCUCACCUUUCCACGCUUGCAGCGCCUUCAACCAACCCCACCGUGAAUACUCUCGCCUCUGCCACGUCGGCAGCGAAUCCCGUUGUGACAGCUGUCCCUACUGGUGGCGCGGAUGCAGCUGCCGCGUCCGCCGCCCCCGAGCCCUCUGCUGCUGCAGCCCUCCGUGCCCUUGCGCCGUCGCUGCCUGUUGCUGCCACAACGAGUCUUGAGGCACCCCAACGCACGCCUGUUGCUGCCACUGCUAGUACAGCCGCGCAGCAGCAGCAGGGCGCGCAAGCGCCGCACAUGGCGGGCGACCGAGACGCGCACAGGCAGGAAGGACGUCAGGGGGGGCGGCAGGGAGGGUUGCAUGGAGAUGGGAAGGAGCAUGCAGGGCGGGGUGAUUCUAACGGGAGUGCUUCUAAAGGGGGGGAGAAGGGGCUUGGGACUUCUGAGGAUAGAAGGGGAGGCGAGGGUGGAGAGGGGGAGGAGGAUGAGGGGAGUGAUGAGGGGGAUGGGGGGGGGAGGAGGGGAAGCGGGCGGAGGGGUGGGGGAGGGAGCGGGGGAGGAAGAGGGGGCGGAGGUAACAGGAGGGGAGGGGGAGGCGGAGGGGCGGGAGGGUCGUCUGCAGGGGGGGGGCGGGGAGGGGGAAGCAGAGGACAGGGGGGGAGAGGAGGAGGAAGUGGUGGAGGGGGGAGAGGAGGCGGGUGGAGGGGAGGAGGGGGGAGAAGGGGGGGAGGGAGUAGGUCGGCGGAUGGGGGAACAGCACCAGGGGCGUCGGGGGAAGAGGAAGAGCAGUGGGACGAGUGUGGAGGUGAUGGGGAGGGGCAGGAAGGGGAGUGGGGGACUGGGGGGGAGAUGGCAGCGGAGGUCGAGGAGAGGGAGCGCACGGACGGGGGCGCUGAUGGGCAGAAGCAGGGGGAAACAGGUGGCGGCGCAGCGGGUGGAGGGGAGAGGGAAGAGGGAGAAGAGCGGGAGGAGAGGGGGGCAGGUGGGAGUGAAGGGCAUGAGAGGCAGAGGCACGAGCGUGAGGAGCCGAGGGAGGAGGGGCACAGGGAGGAAGCGGAGAGGGAGGAAGCGGAGAGGGAGGGUGAGGAGCCAUUUUUGCGAGAGCAGGAAUGUGCCGAGGGAAUCGGUUCGGGAAACGGGGGAGGUGGAGAGAGCGAGGAUGCGGAGUCGGGAGUUGUGAGGGAAGAAGUGGUGGGACGAGGGCAGGUGGUGGAGGAGGGCAGUGCGAGGGAGGGCGUAGACGAGGAGGGGGAAAUAGAUGAGAAGGGGGCGGAGAGAGGCGAGAAGAGGGACGGACGAGAAGGCGAGGAGCAAGAGGAAGGGGGAGAAAGGGAGCAAGGGGAGAACAGAGCGGAGGCAGAGCAAAGAAGGAGCGGGAACGAGGGAGGGGAAGGGAGUGAGGGAUGGGAAGGGAAGGAGAGACAGGGUGGGAAGGACAAGGGAGAAAGGGCGCAGGAGAGGGAAGGAGAGUAUGCGGCAGGGACAACAGGCAGCAGCAUGUAUGGUGGCGUGAGUGGUAGUGCGAGUGCAGCUGCGAGCGGCAUGUGUGAGGAGGAUGAGGCAGGUGCUGUGAGGAGCGGAGGCGCACAUGUGGCCUUGGCUUCUGCUGCUUCUCUCCCAGAGGCUGCUGCUGCUGCCACUCCGCCUGCUGCUUCUCCUGCUGCUCCUGCUUCUGCUCCCGUUGCUGCUCCCGUUGCUGCUCCUGUUCCUGCUGCUGUUGCUGUUGCUCCUGCUGCUCCUGCUCCUGCUCCUGCUCUUGCUGCUCCUGCUGCUGCAGUGCUAGCAGCAUCUGCAGCAGCCCCUGCUGCCAUGGCCAUCGGUGGAAGCACCGUGAGUGGUGGGGCGGGGGGCUUGCAGCAGAGCAGUGCAGAGAGCGGCACACAGUGCGCUCCUGCUGAGCCUGAGGCGCGUGAGGAGCAGCAUGCAGGCACAGCACCAGCGACAGCACCAGCGACAGCACCGCACACGCACACACUCGUACGAGCAGCGGACUGGCGUCCCCCCACCAGCCUGGAAUCUCCUUCCGUCCUUCCAGCAGCACCCACUGCUGCUGCCGUCCCUCCUCCUGCUGCCAUCGUGUCACUCUCCCCUGCUGCCUCCCCUCCCACCGCCAACCCUCCAUGCACCCCUGAACCUCCAUGCCACUCCACCUCUCCCUGGCCCCCCCCACCCGCGACUCUCGUCCCUGUGGACGCGUCUCAGCACCUCACUCUCUCCCCCGCUGCAAGCACGGCACCUGGCGCCCCUCCCUCCCCUGCCGUGCCACCGGCUGCCCUUCCAGACAGCAUUCCAGAAGCAGAGAAGGGCAUUCUAGGGCGGGGCCACGGGCCCCCUCUGCCCCUUCCACUGCCUCUUCCCCUGCCCCUUCCGGUCACGGGCCCGCUGCAGUACGGGCCUGGGAAUUGGCACGGGGUUGCGCCUGAUGCUGCAUGGCUGAGCAUGCCUGCUGGCAUGCCCAUGCUGGGAGGGGACGCCAUGCCCAUGCAUGCGCCCAGUCCAGCCAUGGGGUUGGGCAUGGAGGCGGGAAUGGGGAUGGGUAGGGAGGCAUGCAAGGGUGUGCGUGUGGGCAUGGACAUGGGAACGGAGGGGCUCAAGGAGAUCGGCCUGCAGUCCGUCCAGUACCAGCGUGACACGUGGCGCACCAUGAAUGGCAGCACGCAGCUGGCCCUGGAGGAGCUCAUGCGAGAUGGCAGCAGCAGCGGCGGCAGUAUCUGGGGCGGGCAGAGUGUGCAGGUGGGAGGCGAUGCGAGGACAGGCACGGAGACCCACAUGGCUGGCUUGGCAGCUGACGCCAGAGGCUAUGCCACCACUGCUGCCGCUGCUGCUGCUGCUGCAACAAUGUGUGCUGCCAGCAGUUGCAAGAGUGCUGACGGUGCUGCCAGCCCGACAGAUGCGAAUGAUGCUUCCACUGCUGGGGAUGCUGACACUGGCGCCACUGCCAGGUUUGCGGGUGAUGUCACUGCCACUGCUGCAGCACCUUCCGCACAAGACACCGGAGGAGAGGUGAGCGAGGCAGGGCAAACUGCUGCUGCUGGUGCUGGUGCUGCUGGUGGUGGUGCGGAGAGCACAGCUGGUGGUGCGAUAGGCAAGGAGGAGCCGGGGCAGCAGAUGCGUGAGGAGAGAAGCUUGCCUGAUACCAGUGCUUGCGCUGCUGCUGCUGCUGCUGCUGGUACCUUGGGUGGCAGCGGGGAUGGCAUGGAUAAGUCUGGAGCGAGUGACUUGCACCGUCAGCACCAGGAAACGCAGGGGGUGUAUGAAGAGGAAGAGGAGGAAUUCGAGGAGGAGGAUGAGGAGGUGGAGGCACUGCAGCCGCGGGCUCUGCCAGUAUAUGGCGAACCUGACUUCUCCCAGCCACACCCCCUCGAUGGUCUCGAGUACUUGCGCCGAGUCAGGUGGGAAAGGGAACGCGUGCCAAAAGUGGUGGUCGCAGCAGCCAAUGACAAGGCGCCACCUGGCAGCAACGCCAACAGCAGCAGCAGCAACAGCAACAGCAACAGCACCAGCAGCAGCAGUGAGCCCGUGGUCUUGGCUGCGCGCUACCUGCCUCGAGUGGCCGCUGUGCCUGCAUGCCCUGCGCUGCUGCUGCCCUCCCACGAGUGGCGCUUCUUCCUGCAGGCUGCCUUCGGCUACCUGCGCCAGAGCCUGGAAGGCGUCGACGAAUCGCGUGUCGCCAUGUGUCACGGCAUGCCCAUCCCGUCCCACCGUGACCUGCACGCGUGGCACUCCUACUGCUUUGGGCGGGGCUUGCCGUCCAGUGGGGCAGAGGAGGGAGAGGGGGGCGGGGUGGGUAGAGUUAAGGCGAAGAGGCGAGCGGGAAGGAAGGAUGGUGGCACGGCGGAGGGAGGAGAUGCGUGCAGCGAGGCAAGCCAGGGAGAGGGGAGCCAAGGGGAGAGGAGUCUGGCGGGAGGAGAAGCGGAUGGGGAGGAUGAGGAGAGGGAUGUGGUGGGGGAGGAGGAGGGGAGUCAGUGGGAAGAGGUGGUGGGGGGCGAAGGAGGAGAGGAGGAGAUGGGUGUUGAAAGAAGGGAGAGUGUAGAGGAGGAUGCAGGGGAGGGGGGGGCGGAGGAGGGAGGUUGGGAUGGUAGUGAUGUGGUAGCAGAGGACGAAUGGACGGAGGGGCUGGGUGAGACGAAAAGUGAGAAUGUGGAGAAGGGUGAAGUGGAGGAGCAUGAAGGGGGAGUUGAAGAGGAGGCAAAAGGUGCGAGUGUGAGAAAUGGUGGGGGGGAGGCAAGGGUGGUGAGUGUGAGGGAGGAGUCAGGUGGUGAUGCUGCAACCAGCGUUCAUGGUGGUCUUACUGAUGCUGCCACGCCUCCCGCUGUUUGCUGCUCCACACCUGGCAUUGAAUGUGCCACUCCUUGUGACAGUGCACCUGGCGAGGGUGAGAGAGAGCGGGAAAACCAGGAAGAGGGAGGAAGGGAGGGCGAGUGGCGAGGAGAGGGAAAGCAGCCCCCCAGAGGCCUUGCGCUGCUGCUGCCGUGUGCGAGAGGGCGCAAGCAUGACCUCACUGAAGGCCGCUCGGAAGGGCUGACUGACACGGGGCUGCGUGGCCAGCACGAGGUCCCAGAAGGAACGUCUGGCGCAGAGGAGCUGUGUGUGGCGGGCUGCAGUGGCAGGGAGGGGUGCAGCACAGGGCAGGAGGCACUGAAAGGCGCAGGGGAGGGUGAGGGGGGAGGAGCGGAAGGGGAGAAGGAGAAAGGAAUGCAGGGAAUGAGGGAGGAUGGGGAGAGGGUGGUUGCAGGAGGGGUGGUAGCAGAGGACGUUGGUGUGAAGGAUGUGAUGGGAGGGGGCGCUGCAGGUGGGAGGUGCGAUGGAUCCAGUGAAGAUACGGGGUUGACACCCGAUGCUGAUGCUGCCAGUGUUGGUGCUGUAGCCGCUGAUGCUACAGCCGCUCAUGCUACAGCCGUCGAUGCUACAGCUGCCGAUGCUACAGCUGCCGAUGCUACAGCUGGUGAUGCCACGGCCGCUGACGCUACAGAUGCUGAUGCUACAUUGGCUGAGGCUGAGGAUAACAGUAUGGCUGACGUCAGUGCUGAUUUCAGUGCUGAUGUAGAUGUUGAUUUGGAUGCUGAUGAUGACGUGGACAUGGAAGAUGAACUCGAGGUGGAUGCUGAUGUGGAGGCAGCACUGGAUGAGAUGAUCAACUACUCCGGUCCCCUGCCUCUGUGGCUACCGCCUGAUGAUGAAAGCAGUAACCUAGAACAUGCUGCCGCUGAUGGCUCCCACAUGCAUGCACAUGCACAGCCAUCCAUGCCCGUGCCAUGGCCAUCAGAUGCUGACGUGGCAGCCAUGGAGUGCGUGCUCCCAGGCCUGGCCAAUCAGCUCGCUCCAUUACUCGGCACGGUGCUGCACUGCGACGCUAUUGGCCGAGCCACCAUGCUGCGUGCCCACGUGGACUGGGCCAUGGGCCAAUCAGCAGUGGACACGUGGCGUGGGCUGUGGCUGGUGGCGUGGGCGGCAGGGGUGGAUGAGCCAAUAGAGGCGGAGACUGCAGCAGCGCUGAGGGAGCUGCUAAGGAAGUGCGCUCGGCUGAGGGCUUCAUUACAGUCACAGGAGGAUGAGGGGCUGGCAAUGCUGAAUGUGCUUAUAGAGAUUGCAGGGGGGUACUUCAAGCAGGGGUCCAAGGAGGAGAUGGAGCAGGCUGUAUGGGAAAAGGGAGGUUCUGAAGGGGAAGGAUUGGCAUGGGAAGGAGCGGAUCAGGGAGUGGAGGAAGGGUCUGGUGGAGAGGGCGCACGAAGGGAUCAGUUCAUGUGGUGGAUGCAGGGGUUGUUGAGGUGAGCAAGGAGGUAGAGGCUGUGGUGUAGCUGCCUGUGGUAUAGCUGUUGGGGGGGUGAGGCGAUUGUUGGAUGGUGGUACUGACGUCCUUGUAAGAUGCAGACCAGGAGUGAGUCAUGGCACUUGUCUUUUACCAAACCCAUUGCAAGGAGGCACCAUGUACCAACUGUCAAAUGGGCUAAUCAUGGCGAGGGUGUCAUCGAGUGGCUAAAUUGAAUUCGGACCACUCGAUCUGAAAAAAGUUGCCGUUAGCGAUCAAACAAGCUGAAUUGAAUGCGGUUUGGUGAAGCUUGUUUGUAGAUGAAGUGGAGUGGACGUUGGUUGAAAAUCAAAACCCUUGUACCGUAUGUUCUAAGUUGUUAUGAGUGCGAGGCGAGAGUGACGGCUGGAGAAUUACUGAAUAGCGAGUGCAAGGAAAACCGAAUCUACAGAAUGACGAAGGCACGUGGCUAAAACAGGGCUCGGUCGAAACUAGGGAGUCCCUGCCAUAGGGGUGUGCUGCCUGGAGGAUUGCAAGGGGUCAGCACAUCUACACCACCUGCCACACAUUCGUUUGUUCGAGCCUCGAGUUUGAAACGCCCCUU